AUGAAAGAAGCAAGAUAUGCUGACGAGCUGAAAUUUCUUAAAGAUUUCAAAACUACUAAGAAUGAGUGGCAUGUGAAAGAAACUGGAAGAAGACGUAGAAUGGCAACUCCUAUUGUUCGAGAAGGUGAAGGAUCUUCUUCGCAACCUAAGAAGAAACAAAAGAAAGCUGCUCAAACAUUGUUAAUAGAUGAACCUGCUGAAGAUAAUCCUGUGGUUGAUGUUGAGAAAGAACAAGUUGUAACUGCUGAAGACGAUCCAUUUAAUGUUGAUCAAUUGUUUGAUACAAAUGUAUUGGAAACAGGGCCAGAAAUUGUUGCUGAUGUUAAUAAAGUGGUAAAUGUUGAAAGUCAGAAAGAGAAAGAGAAGAUUGUUGAAGAUGUUGAGGGAGAUGAUGUAAACAAAGAUACUACAAGUUCAUCAAGUUCUUCAGAUGAUGGUAUUGACGAGAUUGAAAGUCGAAAAAGAAUUCAAGAGGAGAUAGAAAAAGAGAAGCUGUUAAGAAAGAGAAAGAGACAGGAAAAGGACGAUGAUGAUGUUUAUGUGCCUUCUCCAGAACAUGUCUCAGGAUCACAAUCUUCUCCAAGAGUUAGGAAGAAAGCUGGAGGUCGUAAGAAAGUUGUCUCUCCAAAGUUACGCAAAGUCUCUCCAAAGAUCAAGAUUCCAAAGAUUGUGUUAAAGAAGAAACAAACAAAAGAAAGCAAAAAGCCACCUACACCACCACAUGAACCAAUCCCACCACAAUCACCUAUCCAAUCACCACCCCGACAACCUACUCCACCACAACAAUCCUCACCACCUAAACAACCAACUCCACCAAGACAACUAUCACCUAUUCAUCAAUCACCACCACCACAACAACCUUUUGUUACCUCACAAGAAAUAUUUCAAACACCUCCACUCACCCAAAUGCAACCUGGUUUGUCUAGCAAAGGUCUUUAUACUCCACAGGAUAAUCUUUUAGAUGUUGGAGAUUUUGAUUUUGCCAACACUUCACAAGUCAGAAAUGUUGAAAAGAAAGUUGAAGAAGUUGUUGCUGAGAACAAGAGGAUAGCAGCUGAAAACAAGAAAGUGUCUGACCGUGAAAAGAAUCUAGAGAUAAGAGUAAGCUGA